CCCACUUAGAUACUCUCCAGCAUUAUGUCUAGUGGUAGAAAUACCCUUGAAAACAUUUUGCGGAAAAUGUUGCUGGUAAUUUUUUUUCUCAUUUUCACGUGGCAAACUGAUAACUGUCACCCUAAUAACAACAAUAUUGAGCAUACUCUACCACGGAACAAUAAGAUGGAUAAUUUCACAUAUUCAUUUUGGAGACACUUUACAGGUGUGUUUAACAACACUUUCACUUGGCCGGACCAAAAUAUCAUAAGAACAUCAACUACAAAUAUCCGCAAAAGUGUUCAUAAACGGAAUGAACCAACGGAAGACAGAGAUAAUUACAUUUGGCCAAUAAAGCAGGUGGCUGAAAUUAAAGGAGAUAUCGUUUUAGGAGGCUUAAUGAUGAUUCAUGAGAGAGAAGAUAAAAAGAUUUGUGGUCCCAUAAUGCCCCAAGGAGGUAUUCAGGCCUUAGAAUGCAUGCUUUAUACAAUAGACUGGAUAAAUAGUCAAGAGGGUUUUCUACCAGGUUUCAAACUUGGAGCUUAUGUGUUAGAUGACUGCGACAAAGAUACUUAUGGCUUAGAGCAAGCCGUUGACUUCAUUAAAGGUAUGCAAUUUCAUAUAUAA